CCUCUCCCCUGCCCCUUCCGCAGGUGGAGGUGGAGCUGUAACAUGGCGCUUGAUAAGUCUUUAUCUUCCCUCGGGUAGUUUUCUGCUAGCCAGUCUUUCAAGACUCGUCUUUGUUCCGAAUGAAGUGUCGCCGUUCGAUGAGUAGCGUUGUAGUGAAGUAGGCUGUGACAAUGAAUUCCCCAAAAUAUGGGGACCGAACUGCCAUUCUCAAGCGGAACAGACCGAUUUGGCAAUCAAAGGAUGGUCAAGACCAGAUCGAUGCUGUUGAAUCGGACGUGUCGUCUCAGGCUCAAAUUUUAGACCGAGUAAAAUCUGAUAGAGUAGCUGUUACACAACCAGAAGAGGAUCGACGACGAAGAACAAUCAUUGUUGAAAAAACGAGUGGUACCUAUGGUUUCACACUGCAGAGCUAUGGUAUCCAUUACAAAAAGGAGCAGGAAAUUGAAAUGAUAACUUACGUGGAUUUUGUUGAUUACGAUGGACCAGCCUAUCGAGCUGGAAUGAGAGAAGGUGAUGUAAUUUUGUCUAUUAAUGGUCAUGAUAUGGAAAAAACGGAUCACAAAACACUCGUAAACUUCAUCAAAAACUGUGAUUCUAGAAUGCGGAUGGUUGUCUUAUUUGAAGAUUGUGUGCGUAAGGUUGAGCUCCACAUGCGGUAUAUUCAAGUUCAAAGAGCUCUCCGCAAUAAAAUGCUAGAACUAGAAAGAUUAUGUCUGAAAGAGCGUGAGUUGCUGGAAGGAAAGUGGAAAACACACAGUCUUCCUGCUAGAAAAAAGGCUUCCUCUUCCACCACCACCACCUCAUCUUUGCACCACCAAGCCAGUACAGGCACCGAGUACAGUUAUUGUCGACCAACAGUAUCUACAGAGGAUGUAGCAUCUAUGCAGCCCCAGGUAGUGCUGGCAUAUCAGUACAUGGAGCCUCAGUACAGAGCUUAUCUGCUCCAGGGAGGGCAGUCCAUUGCCUCUACAGUUGGUAGCACAAACAGUGCAGAUUAUCUGUUGAGCUGGAACAAUCAGCAGCAGCAGACUUCAUUGCCACAACCGCACCAACAUCAAAUUGUUGUAAAAUCAUGUCUGAAAGGUUGCCGUCAAACUAAUGGGGUGGGCUCUGUGCCAACUGAAGAACAGUUCACUCCUAACAGCCAACAACAUUCUGCCAAAGCUCAGCAUACCUCUCAGAAACAGAGGCAUCUCUGCAAUCCAUGUAUCAGACCAAACAACCAAGGUGAUAAUGGUAGUCUGGAUGCAUACGACCUUGCCAGUCCUUGUUGUGAUUCUCGCUGUGUUCCUACAAGGCGUAAGUCAUCUCAGAAGCAGUCCUCAGAAACAAAAGAAAAAGGCUCUAAGGAAAAUCGUCGAGGUAGUGGUCGGUCAAGCCAUCAGCAACAUCAUCAUCAACAACAUCAAUCGCAGCAGCAGCAGCAUCAUUAUCAGCAGCAGCCACAUCAUCAGAAUCACCAACAAGCACACUCUCAUCGUUACAUGAGCCUUGGCGGCACGUCAAAUGGGUCAUCGAACCCAGGAAACAGUAGUCACAACCAUGGACCGGGCUCUGGGCUUGUAAGCCAGUGCAGCUUACAUUCUUGCGCAUCCAAUUGGAGUGAGCAUGCAGCGACUGCAUCUAACGCUACAUCCCUGAGUACGGAUACCUUGUAUUGGGAUGAUUCAAUGCACUCAACUGUGACACAAACCCAACUACCACCGACAACAAAUCUAGAAACAUAUGCCACAACUUACCACAUUUACAACCCCGUGAAACCAAAAUCGUGGGAUAAUCUAACUACUAAGGGUAUUGGCGGUUACGGAUUUGGAUAUGGUUACCUUGAAACUACUAGUCACCGAAGUGGCUCUCAGAAGGGACACUCAAGCAGAGCCUACAGCACUAAAAUCCCACCUGGAGCUGCCUGCUUGCAAGAUUCCUGUGGACGCCAAUAUUAUAUUGUAACUGGACCUCUUGUCAGCAAAAGCAGCGCAGAGAAUCUCCUUUGUCGAACUGACUCAAGUCAUAGCUGUGAUUGUCUUGAUGCGUCAUCUUCCUCUUCGAACCACCGCUACUUCACUGCCGAUAAACCAACAAAGCAUCAUCACCAUCAUAAACAGGUCCACUAUGAAAUCCAUCCUAUCCCUCAACAACAGUCAAGUCAACAGCCUCAACAGAAUCAAGAAAAGCAACAACAAACCGCAGCACAAGUUCUACGUGAUAUGGCAAGUCAGACUGAUAGCAAAAGUGCUCAAGGAGAGGUGACUCGACUCUAAUUUACAAUUUAGAUGAUAAUUUUUGUAAGUUGACUAGAAGUUGCAUUUGAUACCAACCUAGUCUUCUAGUCUUCAGUAUGAGAACUUUUUUAACCUUAAAAACAUUUUAUUUCCUUUGUCAGUUUUAUGACUGUUGUAGCCAUCUUCAGAAUUUUAUAUAAAAAUACACGUGCCUUUAGUUAGAAACUAGUGUAACUGUAAGAUAUCAAACAAUAACAUCAACUUUUCUAGAGUUAUAGCGCUAUUAUCAAUUAAUUUUUUGUGUGUCUCUUUCAAGACUAAAUAUUCCUGGAACAUAUGCUUAAUAUUGGGGGUAAUUUAUAUCAACUUGACCUCCUCACGAAAAUCUGUGCCACAUAACUUGUUUUUAAUAUUAUGAGAUGCAAGUAGUUUCUCUCUCAAUUUUUUUUCUAAGGGACAUCGUUUUCUAAGGGGGUUGGGGGCGGUUUUCUAUGUUAUUAUUGAUGUAUUGAAGAAAGGAGAAAAAAUUCCUUAACUUCAAUUGUUGCUGCAUUUUAACAAUUUCUUUUCUGUUGUUUUGUUUCAAACCAUGAAUUAUUGUUACCAGUUACCAAACUUUGUGAACUAAUGGUGUGUGCAGCGGUGGCUGCUCUGGUUGCUAGGAAUAGAUACUUUAACUUGUAUUGCAUUUUUUGCGUUUUGAUUGAAAUGUGGUCAAAACGUGACUGUUCUUUGUGUUGUGUUUGUUUUAUUUUCAUUUUUGAAUACAAGUGUGUUUUGUAUAGUAUAUUAAGACUUCUUCCUAUGUUUUUGUGUUUGAUUAUUGUAUUUUUGUUUGCAAUCAAAUUUAUUGUAUGAACCUGUUAUGCCACACCUUGUUGUACCAUUAUUGUGUUGGAAUGUUUGUUUCUUGUAUCCCAAAGAAGCACUCUUAGUGCUAGGUCAAACACAGAAUCCAGCCGCUUUGUCUGAUCUUCGGAUUGGUGCUCAUUUUUGUUCCCUUUGAGUAAUGUAUUGUACACAUGUAAACGUUUUCUGAUUCCAAAUUUCCCUUCCAUAAUUGAAUCUCCAUAAAUUAUCUUCCAGAUCUUUUUUUUUCUUUAGAUUCUCCUUUUGACAAUUUUUAAGUUACCAUUUUUAAUGAGAUACAGUCUUGUUUAAUCUGCUCAUAGUUGAGUGAUUUAGUUUUAAAAAGUAUACAAAAUAACCAAAGAUUGUAAUUAAAAACGAUGCCAUUUA